GGCCAUUUAAGGUCAUUUACCUGUUUAUUUUCAGUUACUUCCUGUUGAUUUUGGGGUAUUUUAUGGGUCACUUCGUGUUUAUUUUGAGUUACAGAACAGGAAAUGACCUGGGAAUCACCCAAAUGAAUAAGCAGUGACUCAAACUCAACAGGAAAUGACCUGUAAAUGAACAGCAAGUGACCUGUAAAUGGCCCGAAAAUCAGACAGAAUGAUUGCGAAUGCUCUGGUUUCGAAUUAGUGCUGCAACGAGUAAUCGAUUAACUCGAGUAUUCAAUUAGAAAAAUUCAAAUUAAAUUUUGCUGCUUCGAGUAUUCGUUUAAUUAAUGUGGCGUUGUAAUGGUUUGUUUUGAAAGUGUUUGCAAUUAUUUUUCUUGAUUUGGGUGGAUACACAGCCCUCUAGUCUACCUCAUUUCACAUGGCUGAAUCCAUCUGCUCCCUGUUAAGACCAACAUAAGCUAAGUUUUUGUUUAAGCUAAUGAUUUUUUUAAUGCAUUCAUAAUUUAGUUUAAAGGUAUAUUUAGCCAUUUUUUGUGGGAUUAGUGUAAGAGCCAUUUGUUAAGAGCAUUGUAAAAAAAAGCGUUAGCAUUUUAUAGCAUUUAAGCAUAGACUUUUGCUAUGUAAGUUAGCCAAUUGUUCUUUUGUUGUACAUAGAUCCUCUUUUUUGUAUAUACCGUGUGAGGCUCAGCUCAGGUAUUGUAAUUUUUUAUGGUCCUUAUCCGAUUACUCGAUUAUUCGAACUAAAUAGUCCAUCGAUUAAUCAACUACUAAAAUAAUCGAUAGCUGCAGCCCUAUUUUGAAUUAACAAACUUUCCCAGUCUAAAUGGAUUGGGUGUCGAGCACCGCCAAUGGCAGCCUUAGAGUUACCUGAGACACUAUUAUGGUGGAAGAUUGUGGUAGCAACUUGUUUCCUUUUUUUUGUUGUUGUUUUUUUUAAAACAUUGACACCUUUUUAAAACGAUAUAUCGAUUCUUGGCAGGAGCAUAUCGAUAACCUUUUGGGAUACUAAGUAUCACGAUAUACCACCAUUUCGAUAUUUUGUCACACCCCUAACACAUACUGCCAUAAACCAGAGAUAAAAGCAAAUCCGUCCCGGUAAUAAUUGUCGUUGCACUUCCCUCCUUAAUAUCCAUUGCAAGGCUUAGAAAACAAGUUUUACGAUUGACAUAAUUGAUAGACAGAUGGCGAACAGCUCGGACCCAGAAGGGUGGAGAGUGCCUUAAAGGCCAAGGGAGGCAGGGAACCGAGAGCUAGAGAGAUACAGAACACAGAGUGCUGCGCAGUAGUCCCCCCAUCAGAGUUGCGCGUGGACAGGAGCGCGCUAUGUCACGCGCUCGACUCCUCUUACGUCCACCUCAAAUGUAGUCUCCCCCCCAGUACAUCUUGUUUACUGAAGAAAUUGUCCUUCUACACAACGAGCGACAGCAUACAGUAUGGAGUGCGCGGCGCUGAGCAGAGAGGGAGCUGGGCUCGCUAAACCACCAAAGCAUUUGUGGCGGCAGCCCAGAACAAAUAUACGGAUCAAACAGCGCUUCAAUUCGGACACCGAGCGCUACCUGUGCCGUAACCGGACCCUGGAGAAACUCAGACCCGUGCUCAAGAAACCCCGAUUGUCCUGGCCCUCUUCACUCAAACGUUUUGAUGUGGAGAAUGGCCUAUCGGUGGGUCGCAGCCCUCUGGAUGCCCAGACCAGCCCGGGUUCCGGUCUGGUCCUACAAUCCAAUGUUCCUCACAGUCAGCGUCGUGAGUCCUUCCUCUACCGCUCCGACUCAGACUAUGAUGUCUCUCCAAAAACCAUGUCACGAAACUCGUCCACGGCCAGCGACUUGGAAGAGGGAUUGAAGCAAUGGGAAGUCAGUUGGCUACCUCGGCAUGGAGAAGACAUGAUCGUUACUCCAUUUGCGCAGAUUCUUGCCAGUCUGCGAACAGUAAGAAGUAAUUUUGCGGUUCUCACACAUUUGCAAGAUCGUGUUGGAAACAAGUGGCCGCCAAGCAGUAACCAGCCACCCCUGUGUAAACCAUGUCACACAGAGGAGCCUUUUCAGAAAUUGGCAGUGGAGACUCUGGAGGAGCUAGACUGGUGUCUUGACCAGCUAGAGACACUUCAAACAAGACACUCGGUCAGCGAGAUGGCGUCCAAUAAGUUUAAGAGAAUGCUAAACCGAGAACUGACUCAACUGUCAGAGACCAGCCGCUCAGGGAAUCAAGUGUCAGAGUUCAUUGCCAAUACCUUCCUCGAAAAACAACAUGAUGUGGAGAUCUUGUCUCCACCGCCUAAAGAGAAGGAGAAGAAGAAGAGGCCCAUGUCACAGAUCAGUGGUGUGAAAAAGGUGACACAGAGCCCCAGCCUUGCAUCUACCUGCAUCCCACGUUUUGGAGUAACCACACCACAGGAAAACCUGCUAGCCAGUGAGAUUGAGGACCUUAAUCGUUGGGGUCUGGAUGUAUUCAAGAUAGCAGAGCACUCUGGAAACCGCCCUUUGACGGUCAUCAUGUUCUCCAUCUUUCAGGAGCGAGAUUUACUAAAGACAUUUAGGAUCCCCAUUAACACCUUCAUCACGUUCAUGAUGACUUUAGAGGACCAUUACCGUGCUGAUGUAGCUUAUCACAACAACAUCCAUGCAGCAGAUGUUGUGCAGUCCACACACGUCCUCCUGUCUACUCCUGCUCUAGAGGCUGUAUUCACAGAUCUUGAAAUCAUGGCUGUUUUGUUUGCCAGUGCCAUUCAUGAUGUGGACCACCCUGGCGUUACAAACCAGUUCCUUAUCAACACAAGUUCCGAGUUAGCAUUAAUGUAUAAUGAUGCCUCAGUGCUAGAGAACCAUCACCUUGCCGUGGGAUUCAAAUUGCUUCAAGGUGACAACUGUGACAUCUUCCAGAACCUCAGCAAGAAACAGCGAGAUUCCCUCCGCAAGAUGGUGAUAGACAUGGUGCUGGCCACAGAUAUGUCCAAACAUAUGAACUUCUUGGCCGACAUGAAGACAAUGGUGGAGACCAAGAAAGUGACCAGUUUAGGAGUUUUGCUGCUUGAUAACUAUUCAGAUCGAAUCCAGGUUCUUCAGAAUAUGGUCCAUUGUGCCGAUCUGAGCAACCCAACCAAGCCUUUGGAACUUUACCGUCAGUGGACCGACCGCAUCAUGGUGGAAUUCUUCACACAGGGAGACAGGGAACGCGAUAAGGGCAUGGAGAUCAGUCCCAUGUGUGACAAACACAACGCCUCUAUUGAAAAAAGCCAGGUGGGCUUUAUUGACUACAUUGUUCACCCUCUGUGGGAGACAUGGGCGGAUUUGGUGCACCCUGAUGCUCAGGACAUCUUAGACACACUGGAGGACAACAGAGAGUGGUACCAGAGCAUGAUCCCACGUAGCCCCUCACCUUCCAGUCCUGACGAAUCCCACGCCGAGUUCAGAACAGGAGGUAGUCUGGGGGGGCCUAACCCCUCAACAGGGGUAAGCGGAGACAAGUUCCAGUUUGAACUGACACUGGAGGAAGAAGAGGAGGACGAGGAGUUGGAGUCUGACCUAGAGAGUCCGCACGAGGACGACCCCCAAUUGGGGACUGAGCGACACCAUGACUCGUCCUCCCCCUCGAUGUCUCCGGACGGCCGCGGCAGGUACCGCCCUCCUUCGCACAGCCCUCAUCCCCACAGGACAAGCUCAUCAAGCCACAAAGGACCUAAUGGUGAGGAGGACAAGGGCGACCCCUGCCUGCACGAAGGCUCAUAACAACCAGCACAACCUGCCCUGCCCAACAGACAGACAGCAACACAAAGACAAAGGCAGGGUAGGCCUUUUACCUACAAAUAAAGUCUGUAAAAUCACCACAGUCCCUUUACACUGGAGACAACCUCUCUGUAGACAGAGGGGUGUGCCCCCUCUUUUUAAUUUCAUAUUUAUAUUGGCCUCUUUGUUGUCUUUUAGUCUUUUGUUUCCCACCCUGCUUUGGGAGCUUCGCUGGGAUGGGUAAAUACUGUAGAGGGACUCUCUCCCAUAAUAAUAGGUGAAAGCAAUGUCUUCCUCUAAACCAGGAGUGGGCAAACGAUUCCACAAAGGGCUGCAGUGGAUGCAGGUUUUUGUUCCAAACAAGAGGACAUCUUUUCACCAAUCUGAUGUCUUACAAGUGCAAUCAGUCAAUUCCAUUUGGGAGCUGCUUGUUUCAGUAGAAACCUCAUUGGUUAAACUAUAUGUGCUGAAUUGGUUGGGAGGAAAACCUGCGCCUACAGCGGCCCAUGAAAACCGGUUUGUCUACCCCUGGCUCCAAACUAACUUUGGAGGCGAGCAGUGCAGUUGCAGUGGUAUGACAGGGUCUUGGAAAUUAUUUUUGCACCAUGUUCAAAUCUAAAAAUCAUAAUCUAACCUUGCUGAAUGAUAACUGAUUUUUGUUUUGACGCGAUGUGAUAUUUGAGACGAUUGAUGGACCUAAACCUCAGGGUAUGAAGAGAAAACGCAAAUUGAAUGUAGCAUGGAUUUUCAUAUCCCUUACCCCAGUCAUUCCCUGUUUGAAUUUACCUCUGACCCUCACAUUCAGUAACUGGGACUACCAGUUGAGACCCUUUAAAUUAGGCACCUCAAGCAAUCAAUAUAUUAGGAAACCAGCGUGUAGCACCACAGAUUUUGGACUGAAAAAGACACCAUCUGUAGCCUAAACUUUAUUUUUUAAAGUAAGAAUAAUUUAUAUGGUGUCCUUUUUCAAACAUGUUAUCACAUGUCAUUGUCCAUUUGCUGCUGUUGUCUUUGAUUACGUAUAGUUUUAUUUUGUCAGGGUGCCUCCAGUCCGCAGUAGCACUUUACCAUUUACAUCGCUCGGCUCUUAUGCGUCACAAGGGCUUUAGCCACCGUAGGCCUGCACAUCAUAAAUUUUGUACAAGUUCCCUAAAGGCUGGUGGGAAAAUGAACACCGCCUUGAUUUGAAUUUUAACAUGGAGCCUUUCAAUUAAUGUCAAAACAAUGUAAUCUCUCACACACACAAAAAAUGUCCAUUCUAUGCCAAAUGAGUUGUUACUCAUCAAGCUUUGAUUGUAUCAACCCAGCAUUUGGCAUGUUUUCAGGUGCUCAGUGACAAGCUCAUCUGUCUUAAAUUUGGUGCAAAUAUACAAUCCAAAUAUUUUGUCAGUGACUCACAAAAAUAACUUGCUAGCUGUAAUUGUGUUUCAAGAAAAUGUCUUCUUUGUAAAGUGAAAAGCAAUAAGUGUUUUACUUGCAAUCGAUACCUUGACCUUUUGUCCAGAACUUCUGCAAAUUCAGAAACAAAUCAAAACUUACAGUGCGCAGCAAAGAUUGCGAUACACAGAGUUUGAGUCACUGCCAAAACAUUGGAUGGCAAUGCACGUCUUUCCUCAAAGUGGACUUGAAUUUUGCUGCCGAUACUUAGCGCGUUUCCGCCUUCACCUGUUAAGUCAUGAUAAUCAUAACCACAGUGCCUGGUUUUCAAUGAAGCAUCAAGUCUAAUUUCUUUAGUCAGCACUACAAAUACAUAAAUCAAGCCAUCUUCACGUUAAGCAGACCUGUUGCUCACCAGUCCUUUUAAAAACCUCUUUCACAUCGAAAAAUGUAGGACCAAAGUUCAUGAAAAACACCUCAAGCUAAAAUGAAUGUCCUUUUUACAAUUUUAAUUUGGGUUCUAUUCACUGCCCAGCCCACAGGUAGCAGACAUGGGGGGUUGACAGUUAACGGAAAAAACACAAGUCAUUUGAACCUUUAGGAAGUUAAGUGCUUGACUGUAACAACUGUGCGAUUUUUUUUAACACCUGCCAGCCUACAAUGCUACAUUUUUACACUCAAGCUUUGGAAUGGAUUGAUUGUAUCCAAGUCAUUGACUUAUUAUUGAUAGUUUUUACCAAUGAUAACUGUAUUAAAACAGAUUAGUUUUUGUGCAGUUUAGAAGCAGUGCUCCUCCACCGUUUUAAAUCUAAAACUGAGACUUGUAGUUUUAGGACUUUUUGUGUCUGUGUGUACCAAGUGUGUGUCUAUACUGUAGAUCAGGGGUCCCCAGACUUUUCCCUUCUCUGAUGAGGGGCAGAGCAGGAGUGCCUAAAUGUAAAAAUUUGUUUUUCAGAAAGCCACAAUCAAAUAACCUUUUCUGGAUUCUUCACGGAACAAAAGUAAAUAAAAAAUUAUAAAAAGAACACUAUUAAUUAAAUAGAUAAUAACCAAAGAACCCUCUCUGGGUUCUUGACAGAAAAAAGCCAGGAAAUAAAUGACACUAUUGAAAAAAAUAAAUGUUCAGGGGGCCGGACAAAAUGUGGAGGCGGGCCGUAGUAUGGGGACCCCUGCUGUAGAUGAAUGUUGUGGCCAACAGAGUGGGGUGGGAGGGUGCAGGAAGUUAACCAACACUACACAUUUAAUUGCACUUCUUGUUCAGGCAGUGGUAGGAAACACUAGUUUCAGAGCAUUUCAUGGACACAGUACAAUCAUUGUGUAAUUGGUCAGUCUUUUUAUUGAUCAUGUGACUUAAGACAUUGGCUUUGGAAGUUUAAGGACCAAUGUGCUGUUUUUGACAUGCUAAAGUGUGUGUGUGUGUGGGGGGG